AUUCCCAUUCCCAUUGAGUUAGAUAGGUAGAGUAUAGGAUAAUGCGAGAGAGCUAGCAUAUGCCUACCAUCCAUGAUAUAUCCAUCCAAAAACACAAAUUUGGAUUGGAUUGCCCCCCUCUUAAUUAAUCUACAUGUGGCAUGCAGCAAGCGGUUUUAACCCAGAUUUAAUUACUAGUAGCAUGCUGUUUGUCAACAAUAUAAUCAUUUCUUAAUUUACAUUACCUUUGGUUUCGCAUCAAACACUACAUGGCAAUCCAAAUGAACGAUCAACAUAGCUGCUUCGUCUUUGUAGCCCUGUGAUAAUUAAGGAGGCCAGCGAUCGAUCGAUCGAGCCAAAUUCCUAGCUAGCUUGGUUUUAAUUCAUUCUACCCUAUCCUAUCGAUAAUUAAUACUCCUAUUCGUCUGUCUAUAUAUGGCAGCUGCUGCGACGAGGUGCUCGCCGGCGGCGGCGCCACCGCGCCCCGUCCGAAUUCCAAGAGUGCGCGUCCGCUGCUGCGAGGACACGCUCGGCGUCCCGCGCAGCCGCCGGCCCACCCACGACACCGAGCUCGCGCAGUCGCAGCGCUUCCCGGAGCUCGUCACGCCCUACGGCGCCGCCAGCUACCUUCCCCACCAGCAGCGCUACCCUCCUCCCCCACGCCCGCGCCGCAUCGUCCUCGUCCGCCACGGCGAGAGCGAGGGCAACGUCGACGAGGCCGCCUACACGCGCGUCCCGGACCCGCGCAUCGGCCUCACGCCGCAGGGCUGGCGCGACGCCGAGGACUGCGGCCGCCGCCUCCGCCACCUCCUCAGCACCGGCGGCGGCGACGACUGGAAGGUCUACUUCUACGUGUCCCCCUACCGGCGAACGCUGGAGACGCUGCGCGGACUGGGGCGCGCGUUCGAGGCCCGGCGCAUCGCCGGCGUCCGGGAGGAGCCGCGGCUGCGGGAGCAGGACUUCGGCAACUUCCAGGACAGGGACAAGAUGCGGGUGGAGAAGGAGAUCCGGCGGCGGUACGGCCGCUUCUUCUACCGCUUCCCCAACGGCGAGUCGGCGGCGGACGUGUACGACCGCAUCACCGGCUUCCGCGAGACGCUGCGCGCCGACAUCGACAUCGGGAGGUUCCAGCCGCCCGGGGAGCGCAACCCGGACAUGAACGUCGUGCUCGUCUCCCAUGGCCUCACCCUCCGCGUCUUCCUCAUGCGCUGGUACAAGUGGACGGUGUCGCAGUUCGAGGGCCUCGCCAACCUCUCCAAUGGCGGCGCGCUCGUCAUGCAGACCGGCGCCGGCGGGAGGUACAGCCUGCUGGUGCACCACUCCGUGGACGAGCUCCGGGAGUUCGGCCUCACCGACGACAUGAUCGAGGACCAGAAGUGGCAGAUGACGGCGAGGCCCGGCGAGCUCAACUACAACUUCAUCACCAACGGCCCUUCCUUCUUCACCCACUUCACCCAUCAUCACCACGACAAACACAAAGCCGCCAUUGACGACGGCACUGGAGGAUCAGCAACCGCACCUUCUUGAUCACCCUACCUUUAAUUGUUUGGUUAAUUAAUUACUACUCCUUCCGUUUCACAAUGUAAGUCAUUAUAGCAUUUUCCACAUUUAUAUUGAUUCAUUAACAUCAAUAUGAAUGUGGGAAAUGCUAGAAUGACUUACAUUGUAAAACGAAGUAAGUACUCCUGUACAUACCACUGCUACUUAAUUAGAGUGAUUUUAUGGUUCUCAAGAACGUAACAGGAGAUGCCAUAUUUUUCGGUGUAAACUUUGAUACCUCUCACUAUGCUUUGAUUGACUAUACACAUAUUUCUGUACUCUGCUUA